UAGGAGUGAUGGUCAGACAGUAACAGGGGGAAUAAGAGUACAUGGAACAAAAAAAAAUAAGCCACAGGAAUGUAAAUACUUUAGGCAAAUGAUUGUAUAGUAAUACGUGAAUGUAUUUAGCUGCUUAUAGAGUCUAAAACUGGAAACUUGAACUGGUUGCGGAUCGAUUGCGAGUCAUGUCUCAAGAAAAGCACCCAAAACUAAAACUGAAAAGGAAGAAGACUGGUGUGCAUCAACAGAAAUCAGACUUAUCAAAACACAGCAAAGAGGGGAGCAAAACCGGCCUCUGUGAAACAACACGGAAAGACACAUUCGCAGAAGAGAGGACAGGAAGCCCAUUCAGCUGUGAUGCUGGUGCGUGGUGGGAUAAAAGUGACCUGACUGAGAAUCUGUGGGCCUCCACGUUGAAGUCUGUCUAUCCAGACCUGAUGCCGAGUGCAUGGGAACCAGUACCGGAUUUACCUGCUUUUACACCCAAGGCUUGGUUAAAGCAAGACUAUCCCAGGCUGGGUGCUUGCAUUGGAGGCUGCAAAGCAUGGACUCCAUUCCCAUCAAUGUGUGAGCCAGUGAUUUACCCUAGUGACCUAGGCACUGAGCUGAAGACUAUGAUUGAAGGAAAGGUUCCUGCGGAGCUUGCAAAACAUGACAUGAGCGAACCCAACCAGCCUGAAGAUCCAUCGUCUUCCAAAGGUGAAGCCACAGGAAAGACAGCUAAGUUGAGGAGUGAUGAGACCUACAGACCUGAUCACGGAAAGAAAAUGGAGAAUCGCCACCAUUGUCACGAACCUUCUCGAUUAUCGGGGCUGACGCGAGGAAGAUCAGAAAGUACGUUGACUGACAGAACUCCCAGUUCCAGAGAGGCUGGUCCUCAAAGACCUGCUGAGAACCUCACAGCAGCGUUUCACUCAUCAGAAGAAGCCCAAAGUGUAAAGAAAUCUGAAGAUGCGGUCAAAAAGCAGCUGCCUGUGUUUGGGGAGAGAGAUGUCGACAGCUGCAUUACAAUAGAAGACUCAAGCUCAGAUGAAUCCCCGAUGAGGGCAGAUCAUUCUGUUUCAACUCCACGUAAGCACGGUAAUGCUAAUCAUGAAAGAGUGGAUGGGAAUUCAGAUGGAAGGUUAUCCAUUGAGAGCUGCCCCAUGUGCCUACAACAGUUUCCUGCAGGAUUCACCCAGCUGGAAACUGACUGCCACCUUGCCAAGUGCCUGUCUGAAAUGAAUGAAGACAUUGAAUGGUGAACUCGUAAGAACAACAUCUGAUCCGUUUUAAAUCCCUGUCCUCCUGUGGGAUCGGUCUCUGUUUAGGUAGUGUUGUCCGUUUGCAUUGCGUGCAGCUUGACGUACACAUUCCCAAACUUGAAUGCCUUAAAUCGUGCUGCGCCAUAAGGAGGUGCGAACGGUUUUCUGUAAAGCUCCUGUAAAGUUACAUUAGAUCAUCGUUUAACUUGGACACCUGGAAUGUUUUUUUUUUCUGUACUGUACAUGCAAUAGCAUUUCUGUGAGAUUCUGCACGUGAUCAGAUUAUAGCAGCCCUUGUGUACUGUACUUGCAUUACCAAUGCUUGUGUACAUAAAUCUAAAUAAAUACAUCUACAGAACAGAUGUAAUGAAGCGUGCUUGUUGUACAUAAUCAGUUUCAAGUGUCGUGUCAGAAUGAAUAAAUGGGCAAACAAGUCGUUACGCAUAAGGCAGCAGUUUGUGAUAAAAAAAAACCUUGACGUUGGCUUCAUGUGAAAUAGUUGUUUUGCAGAAUGCAAACCUCAGUUCUGAUGCUGAUAACAUGAAUCACUUUAUUUAAAAUUGCUGUACAAAAUUAACAGGUAACACUUCAAUUAAAUCUUAAACCAUUUUUUAAACCCAUCCGCUCUAAUAAAACCCCUGAUCAUCCUUUUAAGAGCCAUCGUUGGACUAUUUUAAUCCACAGUUUUUUUCAGUUGUCUAGUAGAAGUGUGAAGCUAUAAUAUAGCUCUGGCCAAAAGCUUAGCAUCACCCCAUUGAAUAAACCCUUUUUGCUUUAUAAAGUCGAAUGAAAUCCUGCUGAAUGAUGUUACAUAUUGAAUUACACAGCGCUUCUGCAGUUU